AUGCAGUCUAUCCUCACAACACUUGUUCUUCUGGGACUCGGCGUCUCAUCAACUGCCGUGGCCGUCUCUCCGAACAGCACCUUUGCUCCCGUCGUGAAAAAUGACAAUGACACCGGCGACGUUCUGUACGAGGCCACUCUCCCACAUCGGCAGAACACGACACUGCGCGGCUGGAUCACUCUCUACGCACCCCGAGACGGAGACGGCGUCAAAGUCCACGCCGACUUCUGGGGUAUCCCCGACAAUGAAGCUCUAGCAUACUACAUCCACGAGGACCCCGUCCCCGCAGACGGCGACUGCUACCAGACCGGUAAACCCUUCGACCCGUACGGACGCGGGGACAAGGCCGCCUGCAACAUGACGAGCCCACAGACUUGCCAGAUCGGCGACCUGAGCGGGAAACACGGGCCCAUCGUCACGGCGGAUCAUCAGGGAUUUGAAACGCGGUACAAUGACCUCUACCUGUCGACGAAGCCGGGUGAGCCUGCCUAUUUCGGGAAUCGGUCGAUUGUCGUGCAUCGAAUGUCGGAUCAUGAGAGGUUGAGUUGUGCGAAUUUUGUGCUGGUGGCUCGACCUGGACUACUGCCACUUGCUCUGAAGAACUGA